AUGGCGGAGACUUCGUUGAAAAUCGCCAUGCCAGAGAUGGUCUGGGCUCUCGACUUUGAGAUCGAGGAACAGGGAGGAGCUGGAGGAAGGGGUCGCCCAGAUGCGUCUGUGGAGACGGGGUAUGAGGCCGGGUUCCUGGUAUGUCCGAAGAAGUCUCCUAUCAGGAUUCGACCGCGGAGUAAGGCUCAUGCGGAGGUCAUGUGGAGAGAGUUUGACAAGUUCGCGGGGUUUUUGGAGGGCCUGUCUGCUUGA